CUGACUGCUGUGAUAUUUGAUACCAUGUCGGCCACCGUAGAAGACGAUAAACAUCCAGGAUUACGUUGGGAGUGCCCGGUGGUUUUCUACAUCAUUUGUAAACUAGAAAGAUUGAUAAUCAUCAAUUCCGACGACUUUGAUAGAGGCAUCCUAGCCCAAUAGAGGAAAGAUGAGGCUGAAAGAGAUCCAGAGGACCGCUCAUCCAGCAUGGAGCCCUGCCCCCCACCACCCUAUCUGCCUGGCUUUAGGCACGUCAGCUCAGCAGCUGGAUGCGUCAUUCAACACCACUGCCGCCUUGGAAAUAUUCCAGGUGGAUUUUGCCGAUCCUUCCCUGGGCAUGAAGCUCAAGGGGUCCCUACCUACUUCUAACAGGCUCCAUAGUCUGGUGUGGGUAAACUUUGGAGCAGGAGAAGACGGUUUGGGAGGGAGACUGAUUGGAGGCAGUGAUAAUGGCACGGUAACGGUGUAUAGCCCAGAAGCCAUCGUAACAUCAGGGGCAGAGGCAAUAAUAGGACAGUCUGACAAACACACUGGGCCUGUCAGAGCACUAGACUUCAACCCCUUUCAGAGUAAUCUGUUGGCAUCAGGGGCAAACGAUUCAGAGAUCUACAUUUGGGAUUUGAACAAUUUCAGCAAUCCAAUGACACCCGGGACAAAGUCACAGCUUUGUGAGCCUCCUGAAGAUAUCAGUGUAGUGUCGUGGAACAGACAGGUGCAACACAUCCUGGCCUCUGCAAACCCCAGUGGGAAAGCAGUGGUCUGGGACCUGAGGAAGAACGAGCCCAUCAUCAAGAUUAGUGACCACAGCAACCGGAUGCACUGUUCAGGGAUGCUCUGGCACCCUGAGGUGGCCACACAGUUGGUCCUGGCCUCAGAAGAUGACCGCAUGCCAGUCAUUCAGAUGUGGGACCUGCGCUUUGCCACGUCCCCUCUCAAAGUUCUGGAGAACCACACAAGGGGACUUCUGUCCAUAGCCUGGAGCCAAGCAGACCCAGAGCUGUUGCUCAGUAGUGCUAAAGACAACAGGAUCCUCUGCUGGAACCCAAACACUGGAGAGGUGAUCUAUGAAUUACCAACGACCAAUCAGUGGUGCUUUGACAUUCAGUGGUGUCCCAGGAACCCAGCGCUGCUGUCGGCGGCCUCGUUUGACGGCUGGAUCAGUGUGUACAGCGUGAUGGGAGGAAGCCUGGAGGCCCAGCAGCAGAGCAGGGCUGAUCAGAUCUCCUCGUCCUUUGACACUAUGGAUCCGUUUGGGACAGGCCAGGUGCUGCCCCCUCUGCAAGUUCCCCAACCCACCCCUCAGACCACCCUCGUCGCUCCGCUGAAGAAGCCCCCCAAGUGGGUUCGUAGGCCCGUAGGAGCCUCAUUCGCUUUUGGUGGGAAGCUGAUCACCUUUGAGAGUCCUAAGGCUCCAGUCCAGAGCCCACAGCCCGUCCCUGUCCCCAGGCAGGUGUUUGUGAGCCAGGUCACCACGGAAACAGAGCUCCUUCAACGUUCCAGAGAGCUGCAGGCUGCUCUGCAAUCUGGAUCCUUGUCAGACUACUGCCAGGCCAAGAUCCACAAGGCCCCCACAGACUCUGAACAGGACAUAUGGAGGUUUCUCCUGGUCAACUUUGAAGAUGAAGCCCGGGUCAAAUUCCUGAGACUUUUGGGUUUCAGCAAAGAGGAUUUAGAGAGGAAGAUAUCCACCUGCUUGGGGAAGAACCUGCAGCCUAACGGACAUGGAGUGGAUGCCAACGAUCUGGCUGAGAAGAUACAGCUGCUCUCUACUCAGAGGUCAGAAGAAUCCGGGGAUGAGGUUGACUCCACCAAGACUCCGGGUUCAUCCUCGCCCUCUGACUUUUUCAGUCAGAUCCCACCACAACCACAAGACAAGGAGAAGAAGAUCAGCUUCCCGAUCCCUGUCUCAGCAGAUGCAGAUGGUCUGAUCAGCCAGGCUCUGCUGGUGGGAAACUUUGAGGGAGCGGUGGAUCUGUGUCUGAACGAGGGGCGCUACGCUGAGGCCAUCCUGCUGGCGAUCAGUGGAGGACAGGAGCUACUGCAGAAGACCCAGCAGACAUACCUGGACGAGCAGAGGAACAGCAUCUCUAUGCUGAUCUCAUCCGUGGUGACCCAGAACUGGGGAGACAUCGUGCAGAGCUGUGCCUUGGAGAACUGGAAGGAGGCUCUCGCUGCUCUCCUAACCUACGCUCACCCCAAAGAGUUUGCUCAUCUGUGUGAGACCCUGGGGUCGCGUCUGGAGGGGGAGAGGACAGAGAAACGCUGUCUGCAGGCAUGUCUCUGUUACAUUUGCUCUGGGAACAUUGAGAAACUAGUGGAAUGCUGGGCCCUGCAGAGGGACUGCUCAUCUCCCCUGGUUUUAGAGGACUUGGUAGAGAAGAUGAUGGUUCUGCGUAAGUCUGUGGAGCGUCUGAGGAACAGCGAGGUGGCUGUACAGAGUCCUAUCCUGGCUGACAAGCUGACUCACUACGCUGGUCUCCUAGCUUCACAAGGCAGCCUGGCUACAGCCCUGUCCUACCUGCCAGACACCUCAGACCAGGCUUGCAUCAUGAUGAUGAGAGACCGGCUGUUCCACGCCCAGGGAGAGGGAGGAGCUGCAGGGGGGCAACAGCCCCCACCGUUCCCUUACAACAGAGUCAGGGUGACUGGGGGCGACCCUGCCCCUGCUCAGGCCCUUGCUGCCCCCGUCCAAGCACAACCACCAACACAGACACCGGGGCCCUACCAGCCUCCUCUUCCUGUGAUGUCAGUGGGUGGCCAGCCUCCUCCUCCUGUGAUGUCAGUGGUUGGCCAGCCUCCUAUGACGACAGUCUUCACUCCUCAAGCUGCUGCUCUCUCCAGAGGGCCACCUCCUCCUUCCUAUGGCGGUCUGCCACCCUCCUCCCCUGCUCCUCCACCUAGUGGGCUGCCACGUACAGGACUACGGCCAGCCUACCCUCAACAUCCUGCCACUGCCCCAGGGUUCUCUCCACUCCAGCCAUUCCAGCCACAACAGCAUCCCAUGUCUGCAGGACUAGGUGGCCCCGGCCUCUCUGCCUUCCCUCCAGGACCUGCUAUGCCAGGCUCCAGCCUAUCUGGACCCCCCCUGCCUCCGUUCUCUGCCCCUGGCGGCCUCCCCACCAUGCCCAGCCCAGGGCCACCUCCGUCAGGCUUCACCCCCACCUCGCUCCCUUCAGGCCCCAUGCCACCCAGCUACCAGCAGCCUGGGGCCCCUGUCGGCAUGUACCCACCAGGGGGGUCUCACCUCCACAGCCAGGGCCCACCUGCAGGUCCCCCUUCUGGGCCGUACCCACCCCUGGGACCUGGGUACCCACAAGGAGGUCCUGGAGCCCCGGCCGUCAAGUCCUUCUCUGCUCCGUCGGUUGCUCCUCCUCCUACAGGGUACUUCCCUUGGCUGAGUACUCCCCUUGUUGACGAUGAUGAAGGACAAGAUGGCUGGAAUGACCCACCAGCAGUACGAGGGGGUUCUAGGAAGAAAAAGGUUGUCCCAGACAACUACACCCCUCCGGCUCCCAUCACCGCCCCUGUUAUGGGGGGUUUCCCCAUGGAGGGCCAUCAUCAUCAGCCCCAAGGACAGCAGGGCCACGACCCCAGCCACACGCAGCAGUUCCCCCCAGGGGCCCCUCAGGAGCCCAACGUACAGCUCCUCCAGGCGCUGCCGGCUGAGAGGGUGGAGCAGAGAGAGAUCCCUACAGAGCACAUGGUCCUCAAGCAGACCUUCGACAGCCUGGUUCAACGCUGCCAGCUAGCCGCACAAGACCCACAAACAAAAAGGAAACUUGAGGAUGCAUCGAAACGCCUUGGGUACCUGUAUGACAAGCUGAGAGAGCAAACGCUGUCUAACAACAUCCUGGGGGGUUUACAUGAGAUCAGCCGCUGUGUGGCGGGCCAGAACUACCAGCGUGGCCUAGAGGUCCACACUGCUGUGGUCACCAGCAGCAACUUCAGCGAGAUCCAAGCCUUCAUGCCCAUCCUCAAAGUGGUCAUGACCAUCGCCAACAAGCUGGGCGUCUGACCACUGAUCCCACACCAAGGCAGGCUUCUAGAAUAAACCUGAUUUCCUAUAAUGCUCUACUUUUGACCAGACCCUAUGGGCUCUUUACGGGCCCCGUGGGCCCUAUGAUUUAUGAGGGCCCCGAGGGGUCUAUGAGGGGCCCCCGAGGGCUCUUGUCAAAAGUAGUGCUCUAUAUAGGGAGUAGAGUGCCAUUUGGAACACUCAAAAACACACCAAGAUAAAAACAGCCUUCAGUGUUAUCAUAUGGAUGGAUCACAAUGUUAUAGAUUACAUAUUUAUUUCUUUUUCAGCUGUUGAAAUGUGCUUUGAUAAAGAGAACAUGAUUGCAGAUGUGUGGUUUUCGCUUGACUAAAGCCGACUCAUUGAAAAGGUUUCAGACUUGGCUGAUGACGAGAGGUUCUCUCUGAGAAGACGAGUCACUGUGGUGGUUAUCAACAGCAAAACACCCAAUAGUAUUAAAGAAGUUGAGUCCUUUUAGCUUUUCGAUGGGAAGAUACCGGAUGUUAAAUAUUAAAGAGGUGGGGGUUACUGGUGUGGGAGGAUUGUGAGAUAGUUGAGGAUUUUAAUGUCAUAUGUUUGAGAGUGGAGAAAGAUACGCAAAUGUCUCUGAACAAUGUGGGCUUGGAUUCUCUGGCUGUCAGUAGUUCUUAACAUGGUAACACAUCCAACUAAGGGAAGACUUUGGAGAGCGAGGUUGUUUUUGUCCACCUUCCUACCUCAUCUUUCCUUAACAAACCACACAACGUCCAGCUGAUUUUUACAAUAGUUAGGAAGAGUGAAUGAGUUAUAUACACUUUUGUAAUGCAUACUGUACCACAGCGCUGAAAUUGUUACUUUUUUCACUGACAGACCAGUGUGUUCUAGAGACCAGUGUGCUCUAGAGACCAGUGUGCUCUAGAGACCAGUGUGCUCUAGAGACCAGUGUGCUCUAGAGACCAGUGUGCUCUAGAGACCAGUGUGCUCUACAGACCAGUGUGCCAUCUCUUACUUUGUUUUACAUUUUCAGGCCAAAGCACUGCAACGACUAGCUCUGAUCCAGGGUGUUAUGUGCAGCUUGUUGACUCAGAGCUGUGUCAGAGCCUGCACAUUACACCCUGGUCCAGAGCUAUGCAACAACAGAAUGUCAUUGGAUGAUUCUUGUGGAGUUGCUGGAUGUUUUUAUAGUCAGUCCGCGUUAGUCACUAUAGAGCGGCCCGCUGCUGUCUGCUAGCUUGUGUGAUUGAGAUACUGUAUGAGAACUGUGUGUGUCCUGGUUGUUGGCUUCGCCCCCUGUUUAUAGUGUGCUGGCUUCUGUUGUGUAUAAACUGUAAUGAGCACACCAAUGUAAACAGCUUCGACGUGGUUACACUUGACAUUUCAUGCUGAUUGAAGAACGUGGCAGUUAUCGACUGAAAUAUGAAUUAUGGCAAAGAAACCCAUGAAUAAAUCUCUUGAAAUAUUUUUGUGAAUUGUAAGUGGUGCGUAAGCUACACUCCCCCUAUUUUUUUUUUGUCAAGGUUGACGAUUUCCCUGUUUAAUAAUUAAUUCAUAUUUCCCCAUUUUUAAUCAUGAAUUAGUAAUUCCCUGUGUUUAAUAAGGAAUUAGCAAUUACCCCUGUUUUAAUAAGGAAUUAGACACUUCUUAUGUGACCUGUUGCAUCCUAUAUUUAGUUUCUAAUUGUGCGUAGCCAUAGAAACGACCUUCCCACGCCACCUUGUUCUUUUUCAGGAGGGGGGGGGGGUUUGUGCACACCAAAGCUAAUCCAUUCUAGUGUUUUGUUCUCAUUGGGAGUGGUCUAUGCUUACGUAUGUACUUAAUAUUAGUCGAGAUCUAAUGUGCUAAAUCAAAUGUUUGAGAGCUGGAGCAGUGGAAAUGUGUUCUCUAGAGUGAUGAAUCACGCUUCACCAUCUGGCAGUCCGACAAACGCAUCUGAGUUUGGCGGAUGCCAGGAGUACGCUACCUGUCCUACUGCAUAGUGCCAACUGUAAAGUUUGGUGGAGGAGGUAUAAUAGUCUGGGGCUGUUUUUCAUGGUUCGGGCUAGGCCCCUUAGUUCCAGUGAAGGGAAAUCUUAAUGCUACAGCAUACAAUGACAUUCUAGACAAUUCUGUGCUUCCAACUUUGUGGCAACAGUUUGGGGAAGGCCCUUUCCUGUUUCUGCAUGAUAACAAAGCCCCUAUGCACAAAGCGAGGUCCAUACAGAAAUCGUUUGUCGAGAUCGGUGUGGAGGAACUUGAUUGGCCUGCACAGAGCCCUGACCUCAACUCCAUCAAACACCUUUGAGAAAAAUUGGAACGCCGACUGGGUGCCAGGCCUAUUCGCCCAACAUCAGUGUCAGACCUCACUAAUGCUUUUGUGGCUGAAUGGAAGCAUGUCCCCGUAUUAAUAUUCCAACAUCUAGUGGAAAGCCUUCCCAAAAGAGUGGAUGCUGUUAUAGCUGCAGCGUUCCAACAUCUAGUGGAAAGCCUUCCCAGACGAGUGGAGGCUGUUAUAGCAGCAAAGGAGGGACCUACUCCAUAUUAAUGCCCAUUAUUUUGGAAUGAGAUGUUCAACAAGUGAGUGUCCACAUACUUUUGGUCAUGUAAUUUACUAUCUGAUGUGCUAUGUUACACCCUGUUGUGUAUUGGUUUAGUUCUGUACUAUAGGUUGGUUGAAGAGAUGUCAGUCAGUUAAACAGGUUGGCCAGAGAGAGCAAACAGAGAACAUCAUGUGGCAACAGAAGGCAUUGAAGUACCUCACCCAGUGCUCAUUAUUUGUUGCACAAAUCCAUUGAUGCUUACAUUGCCAUCCUUUGCUGUAUAUAUUUUUGUUUUGAAAUAAAUAAAUAAUUCAGACUUGUA